AUGUUUUCUGUUACGUACAGCAUGCGUCAGUUGAUCCACGUCACACCACGGUCUGCAGUGCUGUUGGUGCUUCUGGUUGUGAUGAUGGUUGUGAUGUGUUGUGCUGGCGGGUGCUUUGCUGCCAGCCUGACGUGCUCCUGCUCCUCUGAAAAGGCGAUGCGUGCGGACAGGGCGAAGUCGAUCCCGGCUGUGGUGAGGGACGUGCCUCUUGGAUCUGAGGGUGCGUCGCAGACAUGCAGCGUCAUUGGGAGGAAUGGAUGGGCGCCCACCCGCAUCGAUGUGUCGACAAGGGACCUGGAUGGCACCAGGAAGUAUUGCAGCUCGGAGCGGUAUUGUGCAAUGAAUUCAUUGUUGGCAAUUGCGAGUGUGAAGGUGACGUUUUUCUAUGCUGAGGAAAGGGAAGUAUUUGUUUCGUUAUACUUUGCAGCCACUGUCCGUUAA